AUUUUACAAAUGGACGAUACACAAUCCGAAACAAUAAAAACACCUGAUGUAGUUGAUACCAGUUUACCUGCAGUAACAGCUAGUUUAGAAAUGCUUACGGUAAAUACAAAUUUACCAGUUCCAGAAAAGAGAAGAGUACUCAGAAGAUUAGUUAAGGAUGACUCUAACGAGAAUCUUAAUAGAAGAUGCAGUUUACGACCAAGAAAAAGGACAUGUACAGAAAUGGAAAAUGAUAGUACAAGAAGAAAAGGAAAAGAAGUAGAAGUUAAAGGUCAAGAAUAUUACUUGAAUAGAAAUUUAAAAAGAAAAUUAAAUACUUUAGAAACAAUUUAUGAAGAAAAAGAAGAUAUAAAUGAGUGUACCACAUAUAUGAGUGCAAAGAGGUAUAAGCGUAUGAUACAGUUCCAAGAAAAUCCUUCAGAUUCUAAGUUAAAGAAAAGAAGAGCUAGAAUUAAAAAGGUAUAUGGAUCAAAGAUUAAUUUCAAACGAAGAUGUGCAUCUAUGCAGACAUUGCUAGAUAAAUUAAGUGGUAUUAGAGCAGAAUCACCUACAAAAAUUGACAGUGAAGUAAAGUGA